AUGGGUGGUGUCACAGUCCGGGACGUCGAUGCCCAAAAGUUCAUCGGCGCUUACUCCGCUUUCUUGAAGCGUCAGGGAAAGCUCGCCAUCCCUGGUUGGGUCGACACUGUCAAGACCUCUGCUUCCAACGAGCUUCCUCCCCAGGACGCUGACUGGUUCUACGUUCGCGCCGCCGCUGUCGCUCGUCACAUCUACCUCCGCAAGACCGUCGGUGUUGGCCGUCUCCGCAAGGUCCACGGAUCCCCCAAGAACCGCGGCUCCCGCCCCUCCCACCACGUCGACGCCUCCGGCCAGGUCGACCGCCGCGUUCUCCAGGCCCUCGAGAAGAUUGGUGUUGUCGAGAUUGACGAGGAGAAGGGUGGCCGACGGAUCACCCAGAGCGGUCAACGUGAUUUGGACCGUAUUGCCAAGACCACCGUUGACGAGGAGGAGGAAGAUGACGAGUAA